AUGACCAGUCUGAAUCUGAUCACGUUUGUAACGUGCAUUUCAUACAGCGUUUCAGAAAAAUUCAAACCAAUAUUCAACUCGUAUGGUCUGAGAGGAUGUGUGGUAGAUGCUGCAGAUGAGCGACUUGUUUACUCUUACGAUUCCCUCAUCAAAUGUGUCGCCAUGUGUUCAGCGAUGGAUGGUUGUGUCGGAAGCAACUACCAUCGCGACACGAAAACUUGUCAGCUGUUCUACGAUAGGACUGAUGUUACAAUCAAACACGAUUCUACGAACAUGUGUGCAUUUUUUGAGAAGAAGACCAGUCAGAUUAUUCUACACAAAGAACUGCUUUCAAGAUACAUCGGUUGUUUUGUAGACAAGAUGAAUACGGAUCCCAGAGAUCUAACGUAUUAUGCAUUAUACACCAACACCAUGACGAUAUCAUUUUGUAGCCAUGUCUGCUUUGGUUUCAAUUACUCCUUCUUUGGACUCCAGAGUUACAGAGAAUGUUAUUGCUCGCAUUCGUACGGAAGAUAUGGAGUAAGUGAUAAAUGUAACUUUAAUUGCGAUGGCGACCAAAGUGAAAUUUGUGGUGGACCUCUUGCGAAUAGCGUUUACACUGUUUGUGAUAGAGGAAUGUAUGGGCUGAAUUGUAACAUCAAAUGCCCACCUGGUCCACAAUGUUUGUGUAAUCGUUUGAACGGCACAUUGAUUUGAAUUUCAAACAAACAAUAAUCUGAAUUAUUUUGACAAAAACAAAAAAUUUUCUAAUUUUUUUUUUAACAAUUUAAUUUCCGUCUAUCCAGCUUCAAUUAAAAAAGGUCGGAUUAAAACGGUAGUAUACUUUAAGCUAUUGUAGCCUACAGGCUUUCAAGCGUUAAGUCUCGUCCUAAUGACCUUUUCUCUAUUUUAUUUUUUGUUAAUUCAAUAGUGGCUUGAAAAUGCUAUGCAAUUUUAUGAUUAAGUAUUUUUGCUUAGAAACUUUUCAAAUGAAUUACAUCUAACAAUGAACUUGUUUUACUUUCCUACAAUAUUCGAAUAAAAUUUUAU